AUGUCUACUGACACCUUUCCUGAGGCCAUCAUCACUGAAAAGGACAGGGGCAAGGUUCGCCGACCGUAUGAUGACCCCAUUGUCAUUGAGUGCAAAGUGGCCAACCAGAAGGUCGGCUGGAUCCUCAUUGACACCAGAAGCUCGUCUGACCUUAUCAGCUACAAGUGCUUGUCAAAGCUGAAGUACAAGCCAGGAAGGGCUCUUGAAUGGCUUGAAAAGGAGGUGAGACCCAAUUCCUUAAGAACUUGGGAUGAGGUCACAACGACUUUCUUAGGGAGAUUUUACUCUCAAAAGAAAACCGCCGAAGCAAGGGCGUUGAUCCAAGGUUUUCGGCAAAGGGCUAGUGAGACUAUCUAUGAAGCUUGGGAGAGAUACAAUGAGUACCAAAGAGAGUGCCCUCACCAUGGAAUCCCAACAUACCAAGUUUUACAAAUCUUCUAUGGAGGCUUGAGUCCUCAAGGCAAAACAAGCUUGGAUGCGGGAGCGGGUGGGCCAAUCAUGAAUAAAACCGAAAAGCAAGUGAUUGAGAUCAUUAAAGAUGUGGUAAGACACCACAUGGAUUGGCAAGAAGGAGAGAAGGAGUCUUCGAGAAAAGGAGGGAGUGCGGUUUACUCCGUUGAUCACCUCAACGCCAUCAAUAAUUUGACGUCUCAAAUCGCCAACCUUGGCAAGGAGAUGACAUCAAUCAAGGCGAAGCUUGAGUCCUCCUCUUCACACCAAGAGCGUCCCUCCCAAUCUAAGGGGAGAGGUAUGAGUUCUAACCCUUCUACUUCUACAUCUAAUAACAUGCCGAAUGGGUCUUUAUUUUGUGAAAAUUGUGGAUCAUAUGAUCAUGACACCUCUUCUUGCACUUAUGAUUCUCAACCCCAACCCCAAUAUGAGGAUGGUGAAGAGGUUCUUGAGUUUGAUUUGAAUGCAAGCAUGAAAUAUCCUAGUUCUACUUUGGAGAAAUGCAUGAAAUUUGACGCCAUUGAUUGUAUUGUAAAUUCUAUGCAAGAGAACUUGCUCUCUACUAACAAUGCCCGUGAGAAUGUCUUGUUAAACAAAGGAAAGAUAGGUUAUCAAAGCAAGAAAAUGGCGUUGUAUGAAGAGUUGCUUGAUGAAAAUGUUGAAGGAAAUGUUGAGCAAGCUUACAUGGGAAUCACAACCAAAACAUGCUAUGGAGAUUGCCACUAUAAAGGAAGAUGCAUGAUGAGCAUAUUUGGUGACAUGCUUGAAGAGGAAAUGGAGGUAUUCAUGGAUGACUUUUCGGUACGCGAUAAGCCUAUCAGUGGCCUUACAUUUGAGGAUUGCUUGACAAAUUUGGGCAAGUGCUUGGCAAGAUGCGAAAAAGUCAAUUUGGUUUUGAAUUGGGAGAAGUGCCACAUUAUGGUUGAGGAAGGAAUUGUCCUUGGGCAUAAGAUCUCCAACAAAGGAAUUGAGGUUGACAAAGCCAAGGUUGAAGUAAUCGAGAAGCUACCACCCCCUAUCAAUGUGAAGGGAGUAAGAUCAUUUCUUGGGCAUGCGAGGUUUUAUAGAAGGUUUUUCAAAGACUUCUCACUAAUUUUUAGGCCCCUUAAUGCUCUUCUUCAUAAGGAGGAUGAUUUUGUGUUUAAUGAAGAGUGCCUCAAUGCUUUCAACAAGUUAAAGCAAGCUUUGAUUUCUACUCCUAUUAUGCAAGGUCCAAGAUGGGAUUUGCCCUUUGAACUUAUGUGUGACGCGAGUGAUGUGGCCAUAGGGGACCAUGCGGCUAUUAAGUAUCUUAUAGACAAGAAGGAAUCCAAACCACGCCUCCUUUGUUGGGUGUUGUCUUUACAACAAUUUGAUCUCAAAAUUCGGGAUAAGAAGGGGGCAGAAAAUGUUGUAGCGGAUCACCUCUCCCGGUUGGAGAACUUGCAAGAUAAUGAUGAUGGGGACCCAUUUUGUGAUGAGCUAAAAGUUGAUGUGCUUUACUUGUUAAGUGAAAAUGAUCUUCCAUGGUUUGCAGAUUUGGUGAACUAUUUAGCUUAUGGGGAGUUUCCUCCCGAUGCUUCAAGGAACCAAAGGAAGAAGUUCAAGAGGGAAGCAAGGCACUACAACUGA